GCGUCAGAGUCCAGUUCAGGUGUUGUUUGGACGCCGCUUCAAAACAAUAUGAUUGGCUGCCAUGUCGGUGAAUAACGCAUCACUCUCACUUGAGGAAAUCAACAGGCGGUUUGGUAUUAAGCCUGAGCCGAGUGACUAUACCGGCUUUUACACCGGCAUUAUCAUAUGCACCAUUCUUGGUGUUGUACUGAUUAUGGUAAAUUGGAUUUGCAGUUGCUGCCACGAACACUCUAAAUAUUGGAACGACCCUGACACUGGCAAUCGCUUCGCCUCACUCAUCUUCGUCCGCAAAGCCAAGCAGAGGCCCCUUGAUGCAAUCUUGUAAAAAUACUUGUACAUGAUAGAAAAGGAAUAAUCCAAAGAGUAUCAGUUGUGCCAAAUUAUCAGCUGUCCAUUCUUUAGGCAUUUGACCCUUCGUCCUUGUCCAAGGCGAUUUAGAGUGUGAAGGACACUCAAUUUUGGUUUAGUUCAUAUUUUUGAAAAAGAGAGAAAGGGAAACCAUGGCUGUCCAUGCUGCAUGGCCUCCACUGGCCUGCUUGGCCAUGUUGGUGAUGGUGGUAGCCUUUAUCAUCCUCAAAUAUGGAGACCGACUGUGCAAAGCACGCACAGUCCCCAAGCCCCAGAACUAUGAGAUUGAAGACCAGUCUUCGGAGAACACAACCUACAUGUUUGAUGAGAGGGAAAGCAUGCGAGAGUAUGUGGAAAUCCCUGAGAUGAUUCCCGAACCAGAGAAGAAGGAGAAGUAUGAGAUUGGGCUGUGUGAUUGUGAAUGAGGUCACAGAAUGAUGAUGUGGGUUGGUUCAAGUCCUUGGCUUGAGUCUUUCAUUCUUCUUUUGUUAUAUGUUCAGUUCAUUCAUCUUGUUUAACUGUAAGGUUAAUUUACUUUUAUGCAUUCAUAAAUUUGAAUGUAAUCUGAAAAUUAUCUUUUUAAUGGGAGUGAACAUGUGAUAGCAAACAGGCCCUCUGAAGUAUUAAUGUAUUUGCUAUCAAGUGUGAAAGUUUUAUUUCAAAGGUUUUCAAGAUUAAGAUUAACUGUUAUUCUUGUUCCUUUUAUUCUGCCCCCAAAAAUUGCUGUGUUAAAUUUUAGAUUAAUAUUUACUUUAAUAUAUAUAUAUAUAUAUAUAUAUAUAUAUAUAUAUAUAUAUAUAUAUAUAUAUAUAUAUAUAUAUAUAUAUAUAUAUAUAUAUAUGCUUCUUGUGUUUCUCCCAUCCCCAUCAUUCGUCAGUAAUGGUGUUAAUGAAGUGUGUAUUAGACAUAGCUAAUUAUAUCAUAACAACUUGCAUUUGUCUUAACUAGCACAUAUUUUUUGUUUCUGCCAGUCGAAGAUGGAAAGAGAGGAAGGUAGCUAUAGCACACCCAAAUGAGCAGCAAACUUCUGCCCAAAACUCAACAGCUAAUAUUCAGAAUUUGUUCAUUUUUACAUAGCUCAUACUAUUGCAUGUUUGAUGCAAUGGCAGCUUGUUCAAUGUUGUUACAGUUGAUAAGUUUUUAAUAGUCGCUUAUUAUUGCGUCACAUUUUUAUUAUCAUAAUUGUUUGAAAUGCCAUUGUGUCAAAAUGUUUUUAGCAUAGGAUUUUAAUACCCAUACAUACAGUAUAUGUAAGAAUAUUACUUUGUUUAUGGACCAGUAUUUUCUUUUAAUUAUCUUGGUCUGUUGAUUUUAAAUUAGUGGUGUCUUUCAUAAGCAUGUACAUUCCAGCUUUUUAAAAAAGUAACUUGAUUUUUUAUAUGAAGUUGAUUUAUUUUUACAAGUUUUAAAUAGUGAGAAGACCAUUGUAUAAUUGUUAAGGAAAUUGUACAGCACAAGAAUUCCUUCCUGUUCAUUUUUUUUAUAUAUUUAUAAAGACACAAAUGCUCACAGAAUCUCAAAAAAAUAGUCUUACUAAGAAACCCAACUGUACCUGGAAUGUAUUCCGUCCAAAGUUGCAUUGCUUGUGCCUGUGUUGAGAAGAUAAAAGUUACUCUACAUUAAUGACUACUUCUUGCAGUUCAAUAUGAGAAGGUGACCACUCAUAGGUAUGUCAUGAAUCUCAUGGAUCAUGAUUUGCAACAGCAAUAUUACGUCUUCUUUAGAUUACAGGGACCUUGUUUGUUCCUUGUCUAUUUUUCUUACUGGAGUUACGAAAAUGAUAAUAAAUAGUUGUAAUUAU